UCCGAUCGCACUCCGUUGCCUCGGACAGCUACGCAUUCGCAUCGCACCUCUUUUCAUGGCGCAGAGCUGACGAAUCCCCCUCAACUGGCGCAAACACAACAACCUGCAAUCACGCGCUUGAUCCUCCACUCUGAGUAUCAGGAUAUCCCAAAGAGGACUAUUGCUACCCUGAACAAGCUUGUAUGACCCUCAAAACGGCUCAUAUAGUCCUGUUCCACCCUCAUUUGCACACUGACACCUACGUACUCAAGGCAAGACUCGCUACCCGCCAUGUAUAGCAACCGCUCCCAUCCGCUCCUCGAGCAGGUCCCCUUGACCGUCUCCCCAUUCAUCUCCCUCCCCGCCGCUACAACGCUCUCCUACAACUACAAGGCUAUGCCCUCAGCCCUACCUCCCUCAGCAACAGCUGGAGACACCACAGCAAAUAAACCCAAGUAUGUGAUCUCGCAGUCGGGACACGCAGCACAUCCGGAUGAUAUCAUCGCCUCGUGUCGCGCGCUACAAGCCCAUAUCACAAAGAUGCAGGAGGAUGCCGAGCGUGACCUGCGGGACCUCGAGACCAGGAUAAAAGAGCGAGAGCUGGCUGAGAAGAGAAGGGUUGCGCCCGGCUGGCUAGACAGUGAAGCCCGGAUCCUCGAGCCGGAAAAGGUGGGCGGGCCAUCUGAGGAGGAGGAUGGGCAUCAGACAUCAGCUGUAGCGGGGACCAGCGAGAUGCCGUUGAACGAUCAAGGCGCGGAGCUAGACCGAGUGUUUGGCGGGUUGAGCAUGAAGUGAAACCUCUUCGGCUGAUUGAGAUAUCUUAUUUUAUUCGCGGGC